AUGCCCCGACGGGACAACCUUGGGCCUGCCGAGAGACUGCCCAGGUUCCAGGAUUCAGUGGCAAAGACCAUGUUUGAAAUAGGGGAUCUGCAGAAAUGCCUAGCCAGAGGGGAAUAUGGGGAGCUGAAGGACUGCCACCUAUUUGAAAGCAAUUUUGUACAGGUCACAAGAUCAGGGGAAGUAGGCAACAGGGUCACCAUGGCUGUUGCUGCCAGCAGUCCAAGCUUGGAGCUUUCCGAUCUCAUGAUCCUGGCAGUGCCAGAGGAAUACCCGAAGGCAGAAUGCGACAGCGAGUAUCAAGAAUCCAAGUUUGCCCCUAGCGAGGAGCUGCGACUUACAGCGCUUCUGCCCUUGAAGUUUGUCCGGAUCUUCGUUCAUGAUGCUAGCCAGUACCAGUUGAAAGUGAGCCAGUCCAAUGGGCGCACAUUUUACCUGCAGCUUCAUGCCCAUCCUGAAAAACGGGACUACAUCUUUGGGCAGUGGGUUCGGCUGCUCUAUCGCCUCCGUUUUUACCGCACGGACGCCCCCAUCAGUUAUCAGCAGAUGUACCCAAGCUACCCCCAUCUUUGCAGGCACGUGUCUGCGCAGGUGCAGGCGGCCACGGGCAUACGAAUGAAAAGCUUCUAG